AUGACGAUACGCGACGGCCCGCGCUCCCCACAGGCCACCCCUCCGAUGAGGAGGCUGCUCCGCAGCGGCUCAGUGUACAACAGUACCAAGACGAGCACCAGCGACGUCAUGGCCCCACUCGGGUCGCCCACGCGGCGGCACACCCGACAUGGCGAGCUAGAGCCCGGUGAGGUCGCCUCUGGCGAGAUGGCUAGAAGCCCUGCACGGUCGGAGACCUUCUUCCAGAGGCCUUCAAGCCCAGCGUCGAGCUCUCGCGAGCUUCGGACGCCCAAUCCGUUCCCCAACCGUUCUUGGUCGGCUUCGAACGCUCUGCGCAACGCGCCACCACUUUCCUCAAGCCGUCAGAUCGCAGCGGAGUCCCACGCUCGGCCUAACCGGCCUGUGGCACGCCCAAUUGUGGGCACGUCGCGCCGCGACUACGGGUACCACCUCGACACAUACACGUAUGGGCCCUCGGCCAGAACGACGGACGAAGUCGUUCAACGACAAACGCUCCGCGAGCGAUACUUGACUCCGCAAGUUACUACUACCGCUGAGGAUCGCGAACGGCUUCGCCAACAGCUCAAGGGCGAGCCGGUACCGUCGAUGCAGACUGUACCUGUGGUCCUCGCAGAGGGUGAAACAACCGGCGCUUAUGAAGCGCAGUUUCAAAACUGGAUGGAUAUAGCCCGACGACUCCGCUCCGAUGAUGCUCUCCGAGGUAGUUUCUCGGAAACAGAUAUCCGCUAA